AUGAUAGAUAGCUUUAAUUAUUUGUUUAAGGUCAUUGUCAUAGGUGAUUCUGGAGUAGGUAAGACUAAUCUAUUGUUGAGAUUUGUUAAUCAUACCUUUUAUAAUGAUUUAAAAUCAACAAUAGGAGUUUAAUUUUUCACUAAAGUUAUCUCGAUUAAGAAUGAACACAUAAAACUUUAAUUAUGGGAUACAGCAGGAUAAGAGAGAUAUAGAUCUAUUAGCACUUCUUAUUAUAAAGGUUCUCAUGGUGUCAUAAUAUGCUUUGAUCUUACUCAUCAAGAAUCUCUCGAUAAUGUAGUUAAGUGGUAUGAAGAAGUAAAAUAAUAAGCUGACUUAAAUGUCAAAAUAAUUCUAAUCGGAAAUAAAUUGGAUUUAAAUCAGUAAAGAGUAGUUGGAAGUGAUACAGCUUAAUAAGUUGCAAAAUAAAUAGGUGCUGGAUAUAUUGAGACAUCUGCUUUAACUGCUUAGAAUGUAGACAAAGCAUUUGAACUAUUAAUUUAAGGUUUUUAUAUAUUAAUAUUAAUAUAGAGAUCCAUAUGUAAUUAAAACAAUUAAAGUAAGACUAAUAGAGUCAAAAGAUUACAACAGAAAAUGCUAUUGUAUUAACAAAUACUAAAGAAACAAAUACUUCUCAAAAAAGAAAUACUUAAUGUUGUUGA